AAGUUCGGGGAGCUGUCGAGACGCAGGCGUCGAGCUUCUCUUCUGUCUCUGCGCGUUUUUCAGCUCGGUUCCGACCUCGGUUCCUCAGAGGGGGGCAGAUAUUUGUCCUGUGAAGCCGGAGGACCCCGCCUGCUGUCCCGCCGUCCUCUCAGCAGCAGCAUGCCGGACGUCAGGCUGUGCCUGGAGGCCGUCUCCGCGCUCCUGGGCUGCAGAGCCGAAGCGACAACCGGAAGCUCCCAGUUCACCCCGCAGGACCUGGUCAACGUCGUGGCCCUCAAAGAGUUUUACAAGCAGGAGGGCUUUAAGGAGCUGGAGUACCCCAGCUUGGGGACGCUGUCUCUGCACGACUUAGACGAAGCCGACAUGUACAGCUCGCCCCCGGCCCUGGACGCGCCUCCCGAGAGCUUCCAGCUCACUGUGGAAAUCAACACGGAGAACUUCUUCCACCCUCAGUACGACUACGACUUCACCAACGUAAAGGAUGGAGAUAAGAAGUUCAUGCGUGGUAACGAGCAGUACAUCCGCCCCUGCGGGUGGAACCGCGCCGCCCUGCGGGUCGUGCAGAAGUACAGCGACGGGGACAAGUGGCUGGGGACGGGGCAGGACGCCUGGCCCGUGUCCUACCAGGGGAAAGACAUGGACGGCUCCCUCAUCCUGACCCACGGCGGCAAGCCCGACGACCAGCCACAGUUUCUGGAUGCCGCCGCCGCCUCUUUGUUAACGGAAGGGACGAAGGGCCGAGGGGUGUACUCCACGCCGGACAUCAGGAUCGCAGAGAAGUACUGCAAGAGGUUCAAGUCCAGAGUGGACGGGAAGACGUACCAGGUGGUCCUCCAGAACCGCAUAAACCCGGAAAAAAGGAAGUCGUGCCAGAGGCAAGACGUCUGGGUGGUGUACAUCCCCGAGGACAGCAGCGACGUGAGGGUGAGGGCCAUCGUGCAGGAGUCCAUCCGCCCGUACGGGCUGCUGCUGAAGCAGGUGUGAUGCAGCUGGAACGACCUGCCGUCACUUCAGCUUCAGGAUUUUCACAUCGUUAACAAAAAACUGAGAACAUGCUUCAAAUUCCCAACGGUGGGACUAAUAAAGGUAUCUUAUCUUAUGCUUGCUCCGCGCUCGUGGCAGGACGAGCUCUUGAAAGCUCUUUAUUGGGAGGGUGUGGGAUAAUAAACCAGUAUCGUCUCUUUAUCCUCACAGUUUAGUAAAAGUACGGCCGUCUGAUCAAAGCUCGCUGAUCCGCGCUGCCUUUCAGUCUCCUCACAGCUCCAAUCACAACUUUAGAUCCAAACCACCCAUAAAUAGGCCUUCAUCUCAAACACAGGAGGGAAGCGUGCAGCGCGGUUAGCGGCGUCCUGCCUCACGCUGGGAUCCUUUCGCUCGGUGUAAGAGUUGGAGGUCAGACCUCUGAGUCCCAAACUUCUUCACAUUCCUAGUUUUUAAGCCUCGAUAGUGAGGCGUCAGUCACAGGUGAGCGCACACCGGCUUUAAGCUUUUACUAAUUAAACUUCAUGUUGUUAUUUUUAAUAAGACUUGAGACUAAUGAGCUCAGGAUAACUUGCUCGCUGCAGUCUAAGAGACGAUAGAUCGUUAUUGUCACAGUUACCAUGAAACACAUACAGCUGCUGCCCCCUGCUGGUCCCAGCAACGACUGCAGGCUUCAGAGCUACAUCCAGGUGUGUUUCCAGUACAGGCUGAGGGUCGUCUGCAGAGACGCUGAAAGUGGCGUCAGAUUGAAUUCUCGUCCUGUUUUCCUUCCUGUCUGAUCAGCAGCACUGGAUCCACUCUUUUCUUUGAUGAUCAGAGAAGGAGAUGAUUUUGCUUCAGUGUUGUUCUUAUUUGAAAAUGUUGCUGUGAGGUGUGACGCCACAGGUCUGAUGUUUUUCAUGGCAUCGUUUCAAAUGUAAGAAUGGAAAUGCUAAAGAAUCUCUUAUAUUUAGCUUGUGCGGGGUCUCCACGCUGCCACCAGCUGUGAGAACAGAUGUUUUCCUUGUACAUGUGAAUUUGAUUUGCUUGAAUGGAAUUAAACAGAGCGCACUCA